GAAGACUCCCGCCUGCCUGCAGCUGGGGAAUCCACUCGGCGGGGAGAAUCCGUGCCAGGGAAUCCAGCUCUCCGGACUCGGGCUGCAAACAAAAAGCUCGGUUCUUGUUCCCCUCUCCGUCCCACUACGCGCACCCGGAGAGUUUUCUGCAGAGAUGCAACAAGUAGCACCCGCCGCUCGCAGAGCGCCCUGCGCCGCCUGACUGGGCUGGACGAAGCAAGCCUGCAGAGACCGGGCCAGACACCGGACAAAGGGCGGAGGAGGGGCUGGACCGCGCAGCGGAGUCCCUAACGAGGCCAUUUAGUGACUCUGGCCAGGCCAAGGGGAAUGCAGAGGAGACACAGAGCCGGCGGGCCAAGAGGACGAUCCAGCAGCUGCACGCAGGGCGGGCGGCAAUGGAGGCUGCCCGGCCCGCACCUCCUGUGCACCAACAGGGGGCUCCGCGCCGUGCCCAAGACCAGCUCGCUGCCGAGCCCGCAGGACGUGCUCACCUACAGCCUAGGCGGCAACUUCAUAACCAACAUCACGGCCUUCGACUUCCACCGCCUGGGGCAGCUCAGACGGCUGGACCUGCAGUACAACCAGAUCCGCUCUCUACACCCCAAGACGUUCGAAAAGCUCUCGCGACUGGAGGAGCUCUACCUGGGGAACAACCUCCUGCAGGCGCUCGCCCCGGGCACACUGGCCCCGCUGCGCAAACUGCGCAUCCUUUACGCCAACGGGAACGAGAUCAGCCGACUCAGUCGAGGCUCCUUCGAGGGCCUGGAGAGUCUGGUCAAGCUGCGGCUGGACGGGAACACCCUGGGGGCGCUGCCGGACGCGGUCUUCGCCCCUUUGGGCAACUUGCUCUACCUACAUCUGGAGUCCAACCGGAUCCGCUUUCUGGGCAAGAACGCCUUCGCCCAGCUGGGCAAGCUGCGCUUUCUCAACCUCUCUGCCAACGAGCUGCAGCCCUCGCUGCGCCAUGCGGCCACCUUCUCCCCGCUGCGCUCCCUCUCCACCCUCAUCCUCUCGGCCAACAGCCUGCAGCACCUGGGGCCCCGCGUCUUCCAGCACCUGCCCCGCCUCGGCCUGCUCUCCCUCAGGGGCAACCAGCUCUCGAACCUCGCACCAGAGGCCUUUUGGGGGUUGGGGGCCCUGCGGGAGCUGCGCCUGGAGAGCAAUCGGUUGAGCCAGCUGCCCGCGGCGCUGCUGGAACCUCUGCACAGCCUGGAGGCGCUGGACCUGAGCGGCAAUGAGCUGUCCGCCCUGCACCCCACUACCUUUGCCCACCUGGGCCGGCUGCGCGAACUCAGCCUACGCGACAACGCGCUCAGCGCCCUCUCGGGGGACAUCUUCGCCGCCAGCCCGGCCCUCUACCGGCUGGACCUAGACGGCAAUGGCUGGACCUGCGACUGCCGGCUUCGGGGCCUGAAGCGCUGGAUGGGCAACUGGCACUCGCAAGGCCGGCUUCUCACCGUCUUUGUGCAGUGCCGCCACCCCCCGGCCCUGCGGGGCAAGUAUCUGGAUUACCUGGACGACCAGCAACUGCAGAACGGGUCUUGCGCCGAUCCCUCUCCCUCGGUUUCCCCGACCGGCGAGGCCAAGCGGCGGCCCUUUCCCACAGCCACGAGGGAGAAGAUGGCGCCCCCUGCCGGUGGCCUCGCGAAGGAGCUGCCGCCACAACCGCAGCUGCAGCCACAGCAGCGGGAGAGAUUACCGCCCGGGGCGCCCUGGGAUGGGGAGCUCUUGGGCAACCGCAGCGCCCUGAGGCUGAGCCCAUGGGGUCCAGGCGCGGACCUCAUCGAGUUCCCCUGCGACCGCUUCAUGGACAGCGCGGGCAGCGGCGCGGGCGGCAGCCUGAGGCGGGAGGACCAUCUCCUGCAGCGAUUUGCCGACUAG